AUGUUGCUCAUGGUGCUGAUCGGAAUCCUUUCCAGUAAAAGUGCCGGGAAUAUGGUGAGGAUUGCCCAUCUGCAGCCCAAUGAUCCGACUAUCAUCCACGAACCUCAUGUACUCAAGAUGUGCGCUCAGGAUCUCAAGGAAAGAAAUAUUCUCCCACCGGAAAUCAAUUUCCAGUAAGUUUUCGGGCGAUAAUCUCGGUUUAUGCGUAUCUAUUACUGUCUUGUUCCUAUCACCAAAAAAUGGUCAGUUCGUUCUAAAACCUUACCCCUUUCUUUGUUUCUGUCUAACUGUUGCAUCUUUGAUUCCAACUUCUACAGUAUCCUCAUAGAAACAUAGAUCAUUGUCUCCAGUACCGGAGAUUAUCCCAUAACUCCAUUUCUGUAGGUUCUUUAAAAAAUAUCUCUACAAAACGGAAAAUCGGGCCUUGGGGAUUAAGUUCGUAAAACAGGAAAUCGGUUGAUUGAGAAGGAAACUACAGUAACCCCUUUCAGGGUGUUUACCAUGGAGUCCUGUAAUCGGUAUUCAGGAGUGGAGAACGCCGCAUAUCUCCAUUAUCUGCGGAAUGCCAGCAUUUACUUUGGUCCCGGCUGUAACAACGGUAAGAAAAGAAAGAAUACAGUAAUACGAUGGAAUCAAUAUACAGAAAUGUUGGUUAUUGGAAGACUCGUGUCCCGAUGGAACGUCCCCAUCAUUGCUCAUUUAUCCGGCGACGAUGCACUCUCAGAUCGGUCAGUCUUCGACACUCUCGGAUCUGUGGCCUUGACAUCGGCCACAGAAAUGGCCAGGGCGACUUUAACGUAUCUAAAAUUAUAUGGAUGGAAACAAGUGGGACUGGUUAAGGCCAGCAUCAACUUUGACCGAUUAAGCUUGCAUUCCUUGAAGAAUCUGCUGAAAGACCACGGAAUUGAGAUUAAUAUUGAGAUCGAUCUGGAUCCAUUCAUGACGCCGGACGAAAUCAUCGCUACCGGAAAGCUGAAGCAGUUGAGAAACAAAGCCAGGGGUAAUAUUAGUUAUUAUAAUCGACUUUAUGUUGCUCUCUAGUUAUCAUUGUCGAAAUGGGUAUGGAUUUGCAUACGAGUAGAUCUUUUAUGGUUGCUGCUCAUCGUUCGGGAAUGAAAUCUCCAGAAUACGUCUAUGUGAUUCCUUGGCUGGCUCAUGUAAGUGCAGGUAAACACAAUUAUAUGCAUUCAGUUACACGAUCACUAUCCUUGGGAAGCCAGCAAUGUGGAUAAAAACGAAGUGAGGACGGCCUUUGAAGAUGCCAUUGUCAUCACCGCUCAUGGCUAUGACAAGAAAUUCGUCGAAGAAUUCGAAGUCAGAUUCUCAAAAGUCACCGGGAUCAUCAGCAGUUACGUAAGUAUAAUAUUUAAGGCAGGAUUACGAUCAGUUUUACAGUACGCUACUCUCUCAUAUGCCGCCUUAUACGACGCUUUGUUCCUUUACGGCCUAGCUAUUCGAGAUGCCUAUGAUGAGACUCAGAAUGCGUCUAUUUACAUGAAUGGAGCCUACGUUUGGAGGAAGAUGUGUGGCCGUCAAUUCAUCGGAAGCACUGGCCAAGUCCUCAUGAACAACAAAGCAGUCAGAGUACCGAGUUAUGCGACGUAUUUUGUGAAGAAUGGGACGGUCAGAAUCGUAGUAGAACUUACAGCGAGGUUGAGUGACAAGGCCAAAUGCCAGGCAUCUGAGAGCGAUUGCUCUGAACAUGUUGCUCAUGAAGUAAUGCCCCAUUAUUGGAGUUCAUAUGAUGGCGCGAUGCCUGCUGAUAUGCCCAAAUGUGGAUUCGACGGAAGCCUGUGUGAUUACACAAUUGUGUUCGUAAUCUGCGGGUUCUUGGGAUUCUUGGCCAUCGCGAUCCCACUGGGUUAUUUCAUUUACAAGAAAGAAAAGGAGAGAUUACUGUAUGAUAUGACAUGGAGAAUUCCCAGAGAACAAGUCAGAUUACUCGAAGGAAAUGCUGGAGGCGUAAGUUAGUUGCUUAUGAGUCGAAUUAGUAACUUUACAGCGAUCUGAAUCAUCGAUUGGCAAAUCAACUUUGGGAUCAUCGGCUGGCGGGAGUAUUGGAUCGAGGAUUAACAGCCGACUCAGCGCCAAACAGGCUAUUGCAAACGGAGUGAGAUGUGCCUACAAGAGAUAUCAACAGACAAGGAACAUCAGUUUCCCCAAAAACGAUCUAUCUAGACUAAAAGAAGUAAGAUAACUUCAGUAUUCAAUAUUGCAAAUUGCAGCUAAAACUAAUUGAAAACGACAACCUCAACAAAUUCUAUGGAAUGUGCUUCAACCAGCAGAAUGAAGUGAUUGUCCUUUGGAUUCUGUGUCAACGUGGAAGUUUGGAGGUAACAUUAAUCUCAUGGAUAGUAUGAUUAAUGUGCUUUCAGGACGUCCUAUUCAACGAAGAACUUAAGAUCAGCAGGAAUUUUCAAAUCUCAUUCGCCAAGGAUGUCGUCAAGGUAACCUAACUGGACAUGCUGUUACUUAACGUUUUCAGGGACUUCAUUUCCUCCAUCAAUCAGUGGUCAAAUAUCAUGGAAUGCUAUGUCUUCAAAAUUGUUUGGUCGAUUCGAAUUGGACGGUGAAAUUGACCAACUUUGUAACGGAGGAAGUAAUCGGAGAUAAGUUGAGGCACAAUGAACUCAAAUUGAUGGUCAUGAAAGUGAAGAAACCGAAGAAAAAAGGAGGAAAAGACAAGACAAACGGAAAGGAUAAAGAGAAAGAAUCGGAUUCUGGAUCUUCUUCCGAAGAAGACACGGAAUCCAAGGCAUUGCAUCAGAAGGCAAUGAGCAAAAAGUAUAUCCAACAAGCUCCAGAGAUCAUUCGCGAGAUAAUAACCACCAAGUUCAUUCCUCCAGGAAGUCAGGCUGCUGAUAUGUAUAGCUUGGGGAUGGUCAUGUAUCAAAUUUUGUUCAAACUGGAACCAUUCCAUGAGAGGAAUCAAGGACCAUCAAGUAAGAAAAGUUUAGCACGGCAUCUUAUUCGUCCAAUUUUAACAAAGUAAAAAAAUUGGCAACGGUCCAUAAUGGACAGAAAUCAUUACCGGCAGAUGCCAAUAUGGGCAGAUUUCUGAAAUGCUUGCAAAUAUCCUCAAUACCCUUGUAUCCCUGUUAAAAAUUAAUUUUUGGAUUUAAAAAAAUGCUCGAUCUGGGUGUUUUCUGUGGUGCUGCACAGGGAACUCAAAAUCACUUAUAAAAACUUUUAUUUACUUAUAAAAACUUCAAGUUUUUAUAAGAUACCGUAAUUCGAAAUAAAACUGCAGGUUGUACGGAUGUAUUCUUAUUUUUUAAGAGAUCAUGGAGAUGAUUGCCAUGGCCAACGACGAUGAUCGUAUAAUCCGGCCAACAUUUCCGAAUCAGCAAAACCUCCCAUCAGAAGAAACUUACAAUCUCCAGUUACUCUCAGCCAUUGAAGCUUGCUGGUUGGAGAUUCCUGAAAUGAGACCAAAUAUAAAAAGAAUGAAAACUAUGGUUAAUAGUAACCUCAAAUCAACAGCCAGUGGAACUCUGGUCGACCAAAUGAUGAAGAUGAUGGAGGAUGUAAGAAAUUAAGUAACUAACUUGUAAUUGAUUUGUAGUACACAACUAACCUGGAGCAGCUUGUAAAAGACAGAACGGCCAUGUUGGAGGAUGCACAACAACAAGCUGAUAGAUUAUUGAAAAAUAUGCUUCCUCCGUAAGAACUUUAUUUUCAGUCCUAAUUUCCUUUCAGUUCAAUUGCCGAGGAUCUCAAAGUGGGUAAACCAGUGAUCCCCCAACUCUACCAAAACGCCACUGUUUUGUUUUCGGAUAUUAGAGGAUUUACGAGGAUUUCAUCGACUUCCACACCUCUCCAGAUCGUCACGUUCCUCAAUGAUAUGUUCUCUGGAUUCGAUGCAAUCAUCGCAAAACAUGAUGCUUACAAAGUUGAGACUGUAAGUUAGACAGGGUUACGUAACUUAUGGCGCAAUUACUUGUUUUAGAUUGGAGAUGCUUAUAUGAUUGUGUCCGGAGUCCCCAAAGAGAAUGGAAAUGCCCAUGUUAUGCACAUUUCUGAGAUUGCACUCAAAAUGAGGACGGUAUAGUAGCCUUCCGUCUUAAAUUAUUUUAUAGUUUGUAUCCAACUUCAAAUUGGCCCACAAACCAGAUGAAUUGAUGAUGGUGAGAAUUGGAUUUCACAGUGGUCCAGCUGCUGCUGGAGUUGUUGGUUUGGCAGCUCCAAGGUAUUGUUUAUUUGGAGAUACGGUGAAUAUGGCCAGCAGAAUGGAAUCGACUGGUUUGGCCAACAAAAUCCAGGUAUUUUUUGAAUCCUGGCAGUUCAAGUGUAAUAUUUUUAAUAUAUUUUUCCUUUUUUUAAGAUCAGCGAAGCUUCCUAUAAUCUGAUCCGCUGCUUCUACCAAUACUUCAUAGUGAACGAGCGCGGGAAGGUAGAAAUAAAAGUAGGUUAUAUGUAUAAUAAAUAUAUACAUGGGAUGAUUAUUGACCUUGUAAUUUAUUACCAUGACCGGAAUGGGAUUUAUAUUCGGAUUGCAGGGAAAGGGAGAGUGCACCACCUACUUCCUCGAGGGCAAAGAGAUGCAUGGCCGCAAGAAGUGA